GGUUAUUCGCAUAUUCAUGCCUCAACAACAUAAUGCUUCCAUCUUUCCUCAGCUUCGUCGCCUUGUACGAGAGCUACCUCCGCCGCUGCUUCAUCAAGUCGGGCCUGUCGCAGCAGACCAUCGACGUCGACGGCGAGACCACGCUCCAAUUCUGGGGGCCGAGCCCCGCCCGAUCCGCCCGGAGACCCGCCCUCGUGUUCCUCCACGGGUUCGGGCCGAAGGCCAUAUGGCAAUGGCGGCGACAGGCCCAGCACUUCGCCCCGGAGUUCGACGUGUACGUCCCCGACCUGGUCUUCUUCGGCGGGUCCACCACGAGGUCCGCCGAGAGGUCGGAGGCGUUCCAGGCGGCCUCGGUCGGGAAGCUGCUCGAGAGGGCCGGGGUGGAGAGGUACAGCGUGGUGGGCACGAGCUACGGCGGGUUCGUGGCCUACCACAUGGCGCGGAUGUGGCCGGAUAGGGUGGAGAAGGCGGUGAUCGCCAGCUCGGGGAUCAACCGGAGGAGGAGCCACGGGGCGGAGAUGGCGAGGAGGGCGGAGGCGGAGAGCCCCGCCGACGUCAUGCUGCCGGAGACCGCCGCGAGCAUGAGGAGGCUCCUGGGGCUGGCCGUGUCCCGGCGCGUCUCCGGCCUGGUCCCGGAUUUCGUGUUGAAUGACGUGAUCCGCAGACUAUAUUCGGAAAAUAGGAAGGAAAAAAUAGAGCUCUUGAGGGGAUCCACCACGGGGAAGGACGAUACACCUCAUGUUUCCGCCCUCCAGCAGGACGUGCUGCUGGUUUGGGGAGAAAACGACCAGAUAUUCCCCGUCGAAAUGGCCACCGAACUUAAAGAGCUUCUGGGGAAGAAGGUGAGGUUGGAGGUCAUCGAGAAGACAGGGCACGUGCCUCAGCUUGAAGACACGGCACGAUUCAACAAGAUCGUGGAGAGUUUCUUACGUGGCCCCCCGUGAUUCCUACAUAAGGUCAAAAAAUAAUUUAAUGUCGGGCCUACAUAAUUGUUGAUCGAUUAAAUUAUUAGGAAGGUAGCUGAAUUUUGCGUGGGUGGUUACGUUUUAAUGUCG